CAUCUGAAUCUGUGACGUCACUUUGGACCACUCCAGCCAAACUCCAGCUGCCUCGUUUACAUUUGCUCAUCGUAUGUGAAAACAGACGUCGUCUCCACCUCACCCAGACCACGACACCAUGGAAUCAAAUGGCGCUGCAGACUGUGUACUUAUAAUCGUUGCUGUUAUCUUCCCCCCUGCCGCAGUUGCUUUCAUCUCAGGCUGCGGAUGUGAUCUCUUCGUAAACAUCUUGUUAACUUUGCUCGGGUUCUUCCCUGGACUCAUCCAUGCGCUCUGGCUCGUAUUCAAGCGUACCAAUGUUCCGGAGAGGCGUGCUAUAGGUAGCUAUCGAUACACUGGCACGCCUACUCAGGCGCCCGAGCCAGGUGCUCCACAAACGCCUGGAUAUGGUACCACAGACCAGUCAACUGCUCCGCAGCCGCCUACAUUUCCAACCCCGCAGCCGACCCCAUAUCCAGCCACGGCCCAGCCUGUUGAAGCCCCUCCUCCGGUCGGCAAGAAUUGAAGAACAGUAUGAUGUGGUCAGCACACGCACGUGGUGGUGGAGCGAAAUGCAUUCCCAGGCCAAUUGGACUUGAGUUGUAAGAGUAACGUAGCGUCGAGAAAUGUCUGCUGAGUUUCGUGCCUAUUACCUACCAUAUAUUUAUCUGAAUCACGAUUACUUGCUGGAUCCUAGUAUGGGUGUGACCGUAUU